CGGGCAGCCCCACGCCCCUGCCUCGCGCGCUGCCCGCGCCAUGAAGCACAUCCCGGUUCUCGAGGACGGGCCGUGGAAGACUGUGUGCGUGAAGGAGCUGAACGGCCUCAAGAAGCUCAAGAGGAAAGGCAAGGAGCCGGCGCGGCGCGCGAACGGCUAUAAAACUUUCCGAUUGGACUUGGAAGCGCCCGAGCACGGCGCCACCGCCACCAACGGGCUGCGCGACAGGACCCAGAGGCUGCAGCCGGUCGCGGCCCCGGUGCCAGCCCCGGUGGCGCCGGCUGUUCCCUCAGGUGGGGGCGCGGACCCGGCCGGGGAGUGCCGGGGCGCCCGGGCGCCGGAGGUCUCCGACGCGCGGAAACGCGGCUUCGCCCUGGGUGCAGUGGGGCCGGGGCUCCCCACGCCGCCGCCACCGCCACCGCCGCCUCCGGCGCCCCAGAGCCAAGUACCCGGGGGUUCCGAGGCGCAGCCUUUCCGGGAGCCCGGCCUCCGUCCCCGUAUCUUGCUGUGCGCACCGCCUGCACGCCCCACGCCGUCGGCGCCCCCUGCGCCCCCGGAGUCUUCCGUGCGCCCCGCGCCCCCCACGCGCCCCGGGGAAAGUUCUUACUCGUCAAUUUCACACGUAAUUUACAAUAACCACCCGGAUGCCUCCGCGUCGCCUAGGAAACGGCCGGGCGAAGCGACCGCCGCUGCCUCGGAGAUCAAAGCCCUGCAGCAGACCCGGAGGCUCCUAGCGAACGCCAGGGAGCGGACGCGGGUGCACACGAUCAGUGCAGCCUUCGAGGCGCUCAGGAAGCAGGUGCCGUGUUACUCCUACGGGCAGAAGCUGUCCAAACUGGCCAUCCUGAGGAUCGCCUGUAACUACAUCCUGUCCCUGGCGCGGCUGGCUGACCUCGACUACAGUGCCGACCACAGCAACCUCAGCUUCUCCGAGUGCGUGCAGCGCUGCACCCGGACCCUGCAGGCUGAGGGACGCGCCAAGAAGCGCAAGCAGGCUCCUCGCUGGGUCCUCCAUGUUUCCCAGAGGCCUCUGGGCCCUGAGCCAGGGAGGCCCCCCAUGGACUCUCCUGCCUCCGCCGGGGAAGGCCCCGCAUGUCCUCCCCGCCAGCCAGCCACGGCCGCUGCCACGUCCACAGGUCUGGCAGGCACUGGGCUGGAGGGAUCACUGGCUGGGGAGCCUCACAGGAGUGACCGGCCCCAGUCUAGGCCAAGGAUGCUGCUGUGGGCCCUCUUUCUGGUCAAGCCCAAGGAGAAGGUGAGCUCUCCAAAUCCAGCCUUGUCUUCUUCUCCAAGAUGCCGCCAGAUGCUCAGACCACUGCCUGUCAGGGUGCAGGGGCACAUCUGCCUCCCUCGCACCCUCCUGUCCCCUCUCAGCCACUCCGGUGACUCCGCACUUUGCCCUCUGCCUGGUGGGGAGGGGAGAGCAAAGCCUCCCCCUUGCCCAGGGCUGCAGAAAUUCAUUGCCAAAGAUUCCACAGAGACACUGAACAAAUUGUGGUGAUAACAGCCCACAGUGAGAAGCCACACCAUUGCUCUAUGACUUUGGCUCCUCCCAUUGCCAAAGCCAUCCCAAGCCAAAGACGAGUCAACAGUCCCACUGGAAACUCAUGGAAGGGAUGGACAUUUGGUGACCAUGGAAGUGCUCGACCCUCUGACCUGGAACUCUCUUUCUACAUUGGGCCCUGAGCUGGCUGGGUACAAGAUAAACUUUCUGGGGGUGGCGAGAGAGGGCUGGGGGUGCUUGUACGGAGUGGGAUAUGAGAUCCUGGCCCUCUUCUUGCCCUCCCACUGGCUGCCCAGGCCUCUGACCCUGAUUCUCAGUGUUCCUUGGGUCCAGGCUCCUUGGGCUCUGAGCAUCAAGGCAAGGGAGGAAGGGGGAGGAAAGAAGCAAUAUUGACCAUCCUGUACCCCACCCCAGGGACUUGCCCCACCAGGGUCACCUAAAGGGUCUUUGUUCCCCAGCCAGCCCAGCCAGCCACUCCUUGCCUGUGGUCCACCCUCCUGGCUGGGAAAACAAGAUGGUUCCCUGCAUGAAGGCCAGUAGUCUGUUCCCAGUUAUGCAGAGGGACAGAGGGGAGGAAGGGACCAGGGGAACGGGUCAGUAAGUUGGGGAAGGUGCGGGCAGGGGGGCAUGUUCAAAGCCAAGGCCUGUUCCUUCCUUGUGCUCAAAAGGCCAAAGCUGUUCACAUCUGUGCUCAACCAUCUGCUUCAAAUUGAAGUAAAAGCCCCAACAUGUAAAGAAAACA